UCUUUCAAUCUUGUUAUCUCAUCCCUCUCUCUUGCUAUCUCGUUUAUGGCUAGCGACAUCCAACACAGACCCAUGUACGGCUCAACCACCGUGCCUCGCAGCACCAACAUUAACCAUCCAGUAGCAUCCUUCCUCCGUCAGCUACAAUCAAAAGCUCCUAAUCACUCUGGCCAACUCUUCGGCCUCCUUGCAUUCUUCAUCUCCGGAGGAAUACUCCUCCUACUCACCGGAAUCACCGUCACAGCUUUCGUCCUCGGAUUCAUCGCUUUCCUUCCAAUCAUCAUCAUCUCAAGCCCUAUAUGGAUCCCUUUGUUCCUCCUCGUUACCGGAUUCUUGUCCCUCGCUGGAAUGGUAUUCGGUACGGCGGCUUUGAUCUCGUGGACGUAUAGGUAUUUUAAAGGCAUGCACCCUGUCGGGUCAGAUCAAGUGGAUUAUGCUCGGAGUCGGAUCUUUGACACGGCUGCUCAUGUCAAAGACUAUGCUGGUGGAUACUUCCAUGGCAAGCAGAAAGAUGUAGCACCUGGUGCAUGAAAAGCUUUACCCGUAUACAGUUUGGUUUCAUGUAGAAAUUACUUUUCUGUUUUUAUUUUUAUGUUGUUUUAGUUUUGUUCCGUCUCUUUUGGUAUGAUCAUCAAUGAUGUAUACUGAGAUCAAUUUAAGCUUUGAAAUUCAGCUUUAAGUUGUCU